AAGACAAGUUAAUCGCAUUCUUAUGAUUACCUGACUCAAAAUCCAACAAUAGAGGGAGAGAGUAGGCUUGAACUUUGAAGAGAUAGAAGCAUUAGAAAGGGCAUCAUCCCCGUGUUUUUCAUGGGCGUUCUCGAUAGGUAAUGGCAGGCUUGAAACUUGCUAACUUCCUUGUGGGUCAUCGUGCUAUUGUUCCCAAAACCCUUGCUUCAGCUCUCACAAGAAACCAAAUCAAAACCUAUUUCAAUGCUUACGCCCGUUGUUCCUUACAUUCCGAGGUUGGAGCUCACGAGGCGAUUCACUGGAAACCCAUGUGCUUGUAUCAUACCCAAGGCUUGUGCACUAUGAUGCGUGACCCUAUGCACCUUGAAAAGUUUAAUCACAAUUUUUCUGCAGACCUAAACUAUGGUAGUUUUAAACAUUUGCGCAAUCAGGAACAUGACUAUUAUCUGGUGCUUGACCUGGAAGGGAAAGUUGAGAUUCUUGAGUUUCCUGUUGUGAUGAUUGAUGCGAGAACUCUUGAAUUUGUAGAUUGUUUUCACAGAUUUGUGAGGCCUGUUCAAAUGAGUGAGAGGAGAAUAAAAGAAUAUAUAGAAGGGAAAUAUGGAAAACUGGGUGUUGAUCGUGUUUGGUUUGAUACUGCGAUCACAUUUCAAGAACUUCUUCCGCAAUUUGAGCUAUGGAUGACACAGCAUCUGUUGUUGAAAGAGAGAGAGAAAUGGCUCCAUCAAGCUGCAUUUGUUACUUGUGGAAAUUGGGAUUUGAAGACAAAAGUCCCUCAACAAUGUGAGGUCUCGUGCAUAGAGCUGCCUUCUUAUUUCAGGGAGUGGAUUAAUUUGAAGGAUAUCUACCUUAAUUUUUACAAUAAGAGAGCAACCGGAAUGAUGGCCAUGAUGAAAGGAUUAGGCAUUUCAAUGAUGGGAAGCCAUCAUCUUGGCAUCGAUGAUGCAAAGAACAUCACUAGGGUGUUGCAACAGAUGCUUGCAGAUGGGGCACUCCUGCAAAUUACAGCAAGGAGGAAGCAGACAUCCAAGGCUUUUGGCAAUGUUGAAUUCCUUCUUAAGAAUAGAAUCGUUUAAGAAUAUCAUGAUAUUAUUCUUUUAAUGUCUGUUAUCUUUCUAGAUUGCUCCUUGCCAAAAGAGUAUGUCUCCCUUGGGAGCACAUCUUACAUUC